AGAGCAAAGAUGGCGAACAUGGACGUGGAGGAGUUUAUUCAGCAAAACAGAGCCCUGGCGGACCAGGUAGAAACGUUUCGAGGGUACUGGGAGAGCGAGAAACACUGGCAGGCCCGGAGGGAGUUCGUCCUGCGGAACAUCAGCGACUUUGAGGAUCCGCAUCUGGACCAGCUGGUCUCUCUGUCCAUGGUCUGGGCGAACAACGUCUUCCUCGGCUGUCGGUACAGCACGGAGCUGCUGGACAAAGUGAAGGACAUGGCUGAAGGCGUCGUGGUGGAGGAUGCACCGGUGUUCAAGACCAGAGACGAGAUCAUGAAGAAGCAGCAGAGUCGAUGACCGGCUCAGUCGUGUAGGAUGAAGCCUGAAGACCAAUGGGACUUGGCUGUUGUUUACAUGCUUUUACAUGUUUUUAUUGCAGAUGUUUUCACAUCUCAAAUCUUGUAUCAAAAGCAGAAAGACUGCAUUGCUCAGCUUUUAAUUGUACAUGAGUGGGAGCUUCACUGCUCGACCAUUUUUUUUUUUAAAGCGUACUUGUCGUUUUAGGUUUGUUUUUUUAAAUAAAUUCAGAUGAAAGAUGACAUUGGAUCUUUUCCUAAUGUCUGAAGCAUAAUAAAAUACUUUAUUUCUUAUCAUGGGGUCGUUUUGUGUGAAUAAACAAUCGAGGACAUAACUUUUCUCAAAGCUCUACAGCACCACACAACGUUGAGCUGGUUCAUGGUCUGGACAAAACCGGAACGAAACAUUCCAGCACAUUUUCUCAGUUCAGGGUUCUUUUUGCAUCUUGAUUAUUACUUUCAAAUCGUCUGCAGGUGGUUUAUUUUCCUUUUUAAAAAUGAUUUUAGGACCAUUUCUGAGCACAGACUCAACCUUAAUCAGAACCAAAGAGGAAAUGUUUUUAAAUGAACAGAUUAAGAUACAAUACUACAGAAAAAACAUCUUCAAUCUUCAACAAAUGAGAGCUGUUAAUUAAUAAAAGUUAAAUUUUAAACACGGUAAGGACGAACAAAAGAUCAAGAAACUCAUCUCAAACUCUGAAAAAUGUCUUUUAUUAUGUUUAUACAGCAUAUUGUUAUAAGUAUACAUUUUUUUCGUUUAAUUCACAAAAUCUUCGUAACAUAUCCCUUCUGUGUUUGUUUUUUGGGUGAAAUAAAUUGCGAGAACUCUGUUUUAUGACGACCAUCUUCUGUGGAUUCUUUAUCUGGAGUUAAUAUACUCAACGAGUCUUUUUUUAAAUUGGGUUUCACAAACAAAAUAAAAUAAGAGACAAAACACAGGCGUGAAGACAACUUGAGGCUUUUGGAGGGAACGGUUGAUUCAAACCGCAGUCCAUCCUCUUAAAUGUUUUCAUCGAGACGGCGCUGCUUUCAUCUUCUGCUCAUUCGCUAAAUUUAAAAUGUCAAAUGUGUCAUUUUAAGAGAGAUCAAAAACACUGACGGGUUUACUUUCUGCAGCGGAUGUAGUUCUACAUUCAUCUUCUUUCUACUCGCCAAGAUACAUUAUGAGCUAUGACAACCGAUAAAGCUCUUAUAGAAAGUGAGCAGAAUGGAACCGAGAACACUGCUGUCGUUUAAACAUGAUAUAGCAGCACCACCAUUCAAGAACAUCCUAAAGCGCUGUGGAGACUCCUGAGCGCCUCUGGUUUUGAUAACAAUUAAGAAAAGAGACACUCGGAC